AUUUGGUGUGGGGGGGGGCAGGCGUGCUGAGGGUUUUUUUGUGUUUGUGUGUGCGCGCGUGUCUUGGUGCCGGCCAAACGAGAAAUCAGGAGCGGUCAUGAGCGGCGGCGUGUACGGAGGGGAUGAAGUUGGCGCUCUGGUGUUCGAUAUCGGUUCCUAUACGGUGAGAGCAGGCUAUGCUGGGGAGGACUGCCCAAAGGUUGACUUUCCCACGGCCAUUGGCGUGGUACUGGACAGGGAUGAUGGGAGCUCCAUGAUGGAGAUUGAUGGUGACAAAAGCAAACAAGGGGGCCCAACAUACUACAUAGACACUAAUGCUCUGCGAGUUCCAAGGGACAACAUGGAGGCCAUUUCACCUUUGAAAAAUGGAAUGAUUGAAGACUGGGAUGGCUUCCAAGCUAUUUUGGAUCACACGUACAAGAUGCACAUUAAAUCUGAAGCUGCUUUGCAUCCUGUCCUAAUGUCUGAAGCACCAUGGAACACCAGAGCCAAGCGUGAGAAACUGACAGAACUGAUGUUUGAACAUUACAAUAUCCCUGCUUUCUUCUUGUGCAAAACUGCAGUUCUUACAGCCUUCGCUAAUGGCAGAUCCACAGGCUUGAUCCUGGAUAGUGGAGCAACCCACACCACUGCUAUUCCAGUGCAUGAUGGAUAUGUGCUCCAGCAAGGCAUUGUGAAAUCACCUCUGGCUGGAGAUUUCAUUACAAUGCAGUGCAGAGAACUAUUUCAGGAAAUGAACGUUGAGAUAAUCCCUCCAUAUAUGAUCGCGUCAAAGGAAGCAGUUCGUGAGGGUUCUCCAGCAAACUGGAAAAGAAAAGAGAAAUUGCCACAGGUCACAAGAACUUGGCACAAUUAUAUGUGUAAUUGUGUAAUUCAGGACUUUCAAGCUUCUGUCCUCCAAGUGUCCGAUUCAACUUAUGACGAACAGGUGGCAGCACAGAUGCCAACGGUACAUUAUGAAUUCCCCAAUGGCUACAAUUGUGAUUUUGGUGCAGAGCGGUUAAAAAUUCCCGAAGGCUUGUUUGACCCUUCCAAUGUAAAGGGUUUAUCUGGCAACACAAUGCUUGGCGUGAGCCACGUGGUCACCACGAGUGUUGGGAUGUGUGACAUAGACAUCAGGCCAGGCCUCUAUGGCAGUGUGAUUGUAGCAGGAGGCAAUACGCUAUUGCAGAGCUUUACAGACAGGCUAAAUAGAGAACUCUCUCAGAAAACUCCUCCGAGCAUGAGGCUGAAGUUGAUAGCGAACAAUACAACGGUAGAACGAAGAUUUAGUUCCUGGAUUGGUGGCUCCAUUUUGGCUUCUUUGGGUACCUUCCAACAGAUGUGGAUCUCCAAGCAAGAAUACGAAGAAGGUGGAAAACAAUGUGUAGAAAGGAAAUGCCCAUAAAAACCUCCUGUGAUUAAAAAGAAAUGGCUGCCCACCCAAGCGCUUCUAAUACCCGAUAGCUUUAGCAUACUCAGGAAUGGAACGUUUUGUCUCUGUUUUGUAGGAAAUGUAUACUUUUUUGUGCGUUCUGCAAUUUCCAUUUUUAACAAACCAUAGGUAUUUUAAAAGGCCAAACUGGUUCUGUGACAGCAAACGGAUGCCUGCAUCCUCCGUAAAUGCAAUAACUCUUAUACAAACGUUUUAUAAUUUUUGUAUAAAUAACUAUUUUCUGCAAAAUCAUUUUUUUCCUGGAAACUAAGCUAUGAACUGUGGAUGUAAUCUCUUGCCUUUCUAAGAAACGUGUCUAGUUUCAGACUAGUCUUCCGUGUUAUGUUGGCCAUAAUAAAUUCCUCUAGUUUGUCUUA